UGGUUAUGAAUAUAUACAUAUAUAUAAUAGAUUUAAACUUCAUAAAAAAAUAAUUUUGCUCCUUCAGAUUAUUUUCAUCAUUCAAGAUUCAGUUAGAUAAACAAAGUAAAGAUUAGACUAGUAAUUGUUUUGAUUUGAUUAUGGUUAUAAAAUAAAUAAUAUAUUCAAACUUCAUAUAAAGAUUUAUUUUUCUCAUUCUGAUUAAUUUCAUCAUUCAGUUAACCCCAGUUGGUCUCGCAGUGCAGUGAUUCUGGCAGUUGGUAGUGGCUUUGUCAGAAUAUCAGCCAAUUGGGAAUCUGUGGAAAGAUACUCAACUAAAAUUAGUUUGUUUUCAAUUUGUUCUCGAAUAAAAUGGUAUUUGAUAUCUAUGUGCUUAGUUCUCUUGUGGCAAGUAGGAUUAUUGGCUAUGCUUAUACAACCUUGGUUAUCCUCGAAAAUAACUAUUGGACUAUUUAAUUCUAAUUUCAUUUCAUUUGUUAAUGAUUUUAGCCAUAAUGCUUCCCUUACUCCUUCGAAUAAGGCCAUAUAUUCAGCUUCGGUAGAUGACGAAGCAACAGAUUUUUGUUUCAUAGUACUCCAGCAAAUUGAACAAUUUUCAAACAUAUUAAAUAUAUACCCUCGGUGGAAUGGAUAAAGUAUGUCAAUAUUGUCAGGCAUUGAAAUUUCGGAAUGAAGCAGCCGGCAUGUGCUGCGCAUCAGGAAAAGUUGUACUGUCACCUCUACCCGCUCCGCCGGAGCCUUUAUUAUCCCUUCUUACUGGCAAUUCAGAUGAUUCCAAAUUAUUUUUGCGUAAGAUACGCAAAUUUAAUUCUUGCUUCCAAAUGACGUCAUUUGGGGCAAAUAAAAUUUGCGAUCGUGCAUCCGAUGGACGUAAUUUUGAAACUACAUUCAAAAUUCAAGGCCAGGUGUACCAUAAAAUCGGAUCCUUGAUGCCAAUGCCUGAUAACAAUCCGAAAUUUUUUAAAAUUUAUUUUAUGAGCGAUCAUGAAGAGCGCGUGACGACUCGGUGCCUGUAUAAUUUUAUUGAACAAGAAGACGGAAGAGCAAUUGUGAUGUUAUUGGAAAAUUUUUUAGAAGAUCACAAUCAACUAAUUCAAUUGAUCAAAAGAGUUUCGUCACGACUGCAAAAUGACAAUUAUCAAAUCGCCAUAAAAGCCGACAAAGUACCAUUAGGUGAACAUGCUGGUAGAUUCAACGCUCCAACUGUUGAUGAGGUUGUUGUUAUCAUGGUUGGUGAUCCAGUUGACAAAAGAUCUAUAAAAAUUACACGGCGAGACAACACUGUCAGUACGAUUUCGGAUCUACACCGUUCAUAUGACGCACUACAGUAUCCAUUGAUAUUUUGGCAAGGACAAGAUGAAUAUCACCUUAAUAUCAAACAGUAUGAUCGAAAUACCGGUGAUUACAGUAAUAAAAAAGUUAGCUCAACGAACUUCUACGCACACCGAAUAAUGGUUAGACAACAUCAAGACAAUUAUAUCCUUCGAUAUCGUCAGCUGUUCCAUCAAUACAUUGUUGAUAUGUAUGCUAAGGUCGAAAGCGAACGCUUGCGAUUCCUUCGAUUCAACCAGGCAAAACUACGAUCGGAAGAAUAUAUUCACUUACGAGAUGCUGUUGCUGGAAACUGUAAAUCUCAAUGACAUCGGUAAUGCUUUCAUUUUACCUUCAAGCUACAUCGGCAGUCCACGGAACAUGCAGGAAUACAUACAAGAUGCGAUGACUUACGUACGUUAUUACGGCCGACCGGAUUUAUUUAUUACAUUCACAGGUAAUCCAAAUUGGGAAGAGAUACAAACUUUACUAUUGCCAGGACAACAAGCCAUUCAUCGCCAUGAUUUAACUGCACGUGUGUUUAAACAAAAAUUGAAAUCCUUAAUUGAUUUUAUUGUUAAAUAUUAAAUUUUUGGUAUCACACGUUGUUGGCUGUAUACGAUAGAGUGGCAAAAGCGAGGUUUGCCUCAUGCCCACAUUUUGGUUUGGCUUAAAGAUAGAAUCCGUCCUGAAGAAAUCGAUCAAAUAAUUUUAGCCGAAAUUCCAGACCCAUUAAUUGAUCAAGAAUUAUUUCAUAUUGUCACCAAACACAUGAUCCAUGGGCCAUGUGGUGCUUUCAACAUGACGUUACCGUGCAUGGAAAAUGGAAAAUGUAAAAAAAACUUCUCAAAGCCGCAUACGAAUGACACGAUCACGGAUAUUGAUGGUUAUCCAAUGUAUCGCCGCAGAAGUACUGAGAAUGGUGGCCACACAUUUACAAUGCGACUGCCGAACUUUCCAAAUCAAGUUGACUUUGAUAAUCAGUGGGUGGUACCAUACUCACCACUACUUUCAAAAACUUACAAAGCUCAUAUCAAUGUUGAGCUUUGCAGUUCUGUUAAAUCAAUUAAGUAUAUU